UGUUGUGUACUGCUUUUUUUUUGUUUUUGGAAGGGGUUAGGAACAUUUCUAAUGCACAAUUUAUUGUACCUUUUACAAGUAAGGUUACUCCAAAUUAUCCAUUUGCUUACAUCGCGAAAGCAUAAAAACAAAGAAAUAACAUACGAUUCAAUCAAUUUUGCAAGAAGAAUUGUGGAGUUUGAGUAUAUAUAUGUAACUUAUUAUUAUAACAUGAAAUAUUGUCUAUGUUAGUGAGUUUAGUAGUUCUUUUACAAUCAUAUACUCCGUAACCUUUAUAAUUUACACAAAGUAGCUCUUUGUACAUCAAUAUGAUAUUACGAUCCACUCUUUUCAUUCGUAAGGAGUUUUCAAAUACUUUCAUUUUUCUUACCUUAUUUAAAAUUAGAGCAACCACUUUAUGAUAUAUUCUUAGGUUAAUUAUCUUCAGCUUUUCCAACCUUAUAUUUUCCUGAUUUCCUUCCAAAUUUAUAAAAAAGGCAGACUAAAAAUGAGAGUGUAACUAUUUAAUUCAGCAAAAAAAAAUAAAAAAAAAAUAAAUAAAGACUAAACAUGAGACUGUAAUUUGAUUAUUUGAAAUUCAGAAAAAAAAAAAGUGUAAAAUUAGCAGGUUGUGCGCAGUCCCCAGCAGCAGUGUAUAUAGAUCGUCUUUCUCAUUUGUCCCCACGCUUUUCUCUUUUACGACUCCUAGAAUCUCUCUCCUCUUUCUCUCUCUUCAUUUUGACAAAAAUUCCUUACUACAGAUUAAAGCACCCACUUAAUUCUUUCUUCAAACCAAGUUACCUUUUCCUUUGAUUUCAACAGAUUAGAUGUUGACAGUGUGAUUCAAUGGAAUGGAUUUGCAUCAGUGUGAGGUAGCUCAACAACACACUGUACGAAAUGAGUGACCAAUCGUCUGGAUUGAUACUUGGUAUCUCUAUUGGAGUAGUAAUUGGUGUGUUUGCGGCAAUCCUUGCCCUGUAUUGUGUUAGAUACCAAAGAAAGCGUGCUCAGAUUGACAAUAGCAGUUCAAGGAGAUCGGCGACAAUUCCUAUUCGUGCAAAUGGUAUUGAUACAUGUACAGAGUUAUCUGACUCUACCCUUGGCCCUGAAUCUCCAAGACGAUACAGAAAAAGUGUCAGUGGGAUGUCUUUGUGGCUUGACGGCUUUAAGAGAAGUAAUGUUGUUUCUGCAUCUGGUAUACUUGAGUUUGCUUACAGGGAUUUGCAGAAGGCGACUCAGAAUUUCACAACAUUGGUUGGCCAGGGUGCAUAUGGUCCUGUGUACAAAGCUCAGAUGUCAACUGGUGAAAUAGUUGCUGUGAAGGUGCUGGCAACUGAUUCAAAGCAAGGGGAGCGAGAAUUUGAAACAGAGGUUAAGCUGUUAGGAAGGUUGCAUCACAGGAACCUCUUGAAUUUGCUUGGAUAUUGUACAGAGAAGGGAAAAAACAUGCUUAUAUAUGCGUAUAUGAGCAAUGGCAGCCUAGCUUCCCAUUUAUACAAUGAAAAGAUGGAACCAUUGAGCUGGGAACGAAGGGUUCAUAUAGCAUUGGAUGUCGCAAGAGGCUUGGAGUAUCUUCAUGACGGGGCAGUUCCUCCUGUGAUACAUCGUGACAUUAAAUCUUCCAACAUUUUGUUGGAUCAGUCAAUGAAAGCUAGGGUGGCCGAUUUUGGGCUUUCAAGGGAAGAGGUAAUUGACGGGCAAGUUUGCAAUUUAAAGGGGACUUUUGGCUAUCUUGAUCCUGAGUAUAUAUCCACAAGAACCUUUACAAAGAAAAGUGAUGUCUACAGUUAUGGGGUCUUGCUUUUCGAACUCAUUGCAGCAAGAAACCCCCUUCAAGGUCUCAUGGAGUAUGUAGAGCUGGCUGCAAUGAACACAGAGGGAGGGACAGGAUGGGAAGAAAUUGUCGAUUCACGUCUUGAUGGGAACUUUGAUGCUUUGGAACUUAAUGAGGUGGCAACUCUUGCUUACAAAUGUGUAAUCCGUGCCCCAAAAAAGCGCCCGUCAAUGAGAGACAUUGUUCAGGUAUUAUCCCGGAUUUCAAAAUCCCGGCAUAGUAAGAAACCUCCGAGGACAUCUUUAUCUGCAACACCUGAGGAGGUGGCUAUUGAUGUCGAUCUAGCAGAAUUACCUGGCUCAGAGAGUGGACACAGGAGAGAAGAUUCUAUCAGCAGCAUGGAUACUGAUCUAUAAUGGCUGGCUCAUUCUAGAUUCUUUAAUUUUUUCUUGCUUUCUCGGUUCUUUUUGGUAUGUCAUGAAUGCAGCUUCCGGAGAUGCUGGGGAGUACAUCUAUCUAGCUUAUUUUUUUAUUUUUUUUUUGGAGUAGAGGUUUCAGGUACAGGCUUACAGAAAAUUUAGGAUAUUAUUGGUUCUUGUCAGCUCAUUGUAAAUUAGGCCAUUGCUUUUACUCAAGAUGAAUCUUCAAUGCAGCUAGUGUAAAAUCUUAACCUUCUCAGAUUUUGCUUGAAUGAGUUGAUCGGAUAACCUCUUGGCAAAAAUCUUGCCUGAGGCGGUCAUUCAAUGACAUUUAGGGUGAUAUUGUCCAUUUUAAAGGGUAAUUUUGCGUUUCA